AUGACAUCUAAUUUCAAUGUAGUAAUAACAAAUAGUAACUUUGAAAAGGAGAUUAGUAAAUUCGAGCAUGCAUUACAAGGUGCCUCUUUUAUCUCAAUAGAUACAGAGUUCUCUGGACUUGGAUAUAGUAAGAAUUUAAAGUUAAAAUAUAACUUUGUUGCAAAGUUAGUGAAGAGUAGAUCUUUAUUACAGCUUGGUAUUGCAAUCUUUACCGAGAAAGAAACAACAACAAAAACAGCAGCAAUAACAUCAUCAUCUGAAUCAAUAGAACAACGAUCGCUAACAAGCUCACCAACAAUCACAGAGCUAUCAUCCAUUUCAAUAAGUAAUAGCAACAAACUUGAUGAUUUUGAAAUUGAUAAUGACUAUAACGAUGAUAAUAACAAUAACAAUAAUGAUAAUCAAGAUGUAAUACUGAAUGAAAAUAAAAAGAGAUCAUUAAAUAGCAUUGAAAAUGAUAAACAACAAUGUCAGCAACAUCAACAUCAACAUCAACAACAAGCAAUUCAACACUUUCGUUAUGAAGUUAGAAUGUUUACGUUUCUUUGUCUGAAUCAAUCUGAAUUUCAAGUGUUUCCAACAUCAAUGACUUUUCUGGCACAACAUGGAUUCGACUUUAACAAACUGUUUUUAGAUGGAAUACAUUUAGUAACUACCAAAAAACACGCAGACCUUCCACCUUCAAGCAAACAACGAAGAAUUAUAGAUUUACUUUCUAAACAUCAACAGCCUCUAGUGAUACACAAUGGAUUCUAUGAUUUACUAUUCCUAUUUCAAAGCUUUAUCGACGAUCUACCAGAUCAACUGAAUGUUUUCAUUGCGAAACUAACAAAAGUUUUUCCAAAAAUAUAUGACACAAAGUUUUUAUCGGAAUACAAAGUUACAGAGAAUAGAUCAUAUUUACAAUAUUUAUUUAUGAAAUAUGAACGAAGUAAUUAUCAGAGAUUUAUUUCAAAUCAAUCAUAUGUUACAUGCGACCAAGUGGUUGGAUUUGAUCAAGAUAUUCAAAGGGAACCGUUGAUCAACGUGAAAUCUUCGAAUUCAAAACAAUACGAUGGAACGAAAAUAUGUUCUGAUUUUGCUAAUCAUGGAUAUUGUAAAAAUGGAAUCAAUUGUAAAUUAUCACAUGAUAUCAAUAUCAUUUUAGAUGAAGAUGAAAAGAGAAAGUCAAUGAAACCAAGCACACCAACUAAAAACAACAACAACAACAAUAGUAACAGUGGUAAUAAAACCAAUUCUCCAGCUACCAAAAAACAGAAACAAGAUAACUCUAAAAUCAAUUCUCCUAACAAGUCAACAGCAACCACUACUACCAUCACAAUAUCAACCGGAACUACACUUGGUGCUCCACUAUCAACUCCCUCCGAUAUAGAAGAGGGAGAACAACCAAUGGAUAAAGAAGAAAAAGAAAAAGAAAAAGAAAAUUCUACAACCAAUAAUAAUAAUAAUAUAGAUAUUAAUAAUAUACAACAACAACAACAACAACCAUCCCAAUCUCAACAAGCACAUUCAGCAGGCUACGACUCAGCAAUGACAGGAUUUAUCUUUGCAUACUACCAAAAAUUUUACCACCAAUGA